AUGGCCGCCAUUCCAGCUGAAAUUCAAAAACUUCAAGAAGAGUUAAUUAAAAAUAGAGACUCUUUCCAAAAACUCGAACAAGAAUUACAAAAACUUUCAGCAAACAGAUCUAAACUUUUAACCCAAUUAAACGAAAAUGAAAUGGUAAAAAAAGAAUUUGAUUUAUUGGAAGUCGACGCAAAAAUUUAUAAACUUAAUGGACCAGUACUUUUUAAACAAACUAAAGAUGAAGCUGAAAAUACAAUUGCUCAACGUUUAAAUAUUAUUAAUACAAAUUUAAAACAAGUAGAAACUAAUUUUAAAGAAACUGAAAAGAAGGCUUUAGAUCAAAGAACAAAAAUUUUCGAAAUUCAAAAUAAAAUUAGAGCUGCUGUACAACCACCACAACCAAAACAACAAUAA